GGCUGCUCCAGUUAUCUACAGCCCAGCCUGCUGUUCACACACUCACUGGGGCUCAGUCCUUAUGCUUUCUUUCCACUUCGUACUUAGUAGAACGAUUGCUUUUUGUUUAGACGUGUCUGUUAGAGUUCAAGGGAGGCAGAUGUCAGUCCUUGUUUAAGCUCCGGACGACGUAAAGCAGAGGGAAUACAAUGCAAGGCCAACGUUGGACGGACCCCCACUUGAAUUCUUCAAGCACCAUAUCAGAGCGGUGGGAGUUAUUCAAAGAGCCAUACGGAGGAAAUGGUAACAGAGAGAAUCGGAGAGAGGAUCCCUGCCUUCUUAAGAAGUGAACUGGCUUUCAGGAUAAUGAGCAAUGUGUGAACUUGUUAACUAGGCCCCAUUCUCUUUGACCUUAAUUUAAAUUGAGGAUUAGCCAUCUCAUCAGAGUUCUGGGGGAAAAGCCAAGGCUUGUUUUGCCUCGAGCAAACUCAAAAGACGGGUUGGAAUGGAAACUAGCUGCUCAUUCCCUCGUAGAAGGCUUUUGCAUAUUUCCUUUGGCAAGGAACUUGAAGCGAUUUAAAAAAAAAGCUAAUUUAUUUGGACCGACUUCAAGAAGAGAAAAACACACCGCAUUUUAACAUUCAUUGCCGUAAUGGAUUUGGAUCAGUUCUAUAGCUCAGGCCAGGAGCAUGCUGUUUAUCUACCUGAAUUCAGCUCAUCAAAGGAUCCAAGAACUCAUUGAUAAUCUGCGUCUUCUCAGGCAAUGGAACGUCGUAAAAGAGUUAGGCUGAGCAAACUGCAACAUAAUCUGGGCCUGUCUCCAGAUGCACCGGCUGACGGGAGACGCAGCAGUAACAUGAUGUCGGGCACAGAAAGGUCUAACGCCACACAUCAGGAUACAGGGGAGCUUUCUCUGCUAAGAGGAUCCGGUGCUUGUUCCGGUUCAGGCGUUCUUCCCCGGUGGCCUUGGCGACAGCGUGUUUCCAUGGCAGCCGGGCUGUUAAUAGCUGGGCUGCUGGCACUGACUCAGGCCUGGUGCGUCAACUCCAUACAUGAGAAUCUGCUGUGGUUCUCUCAGCUCACGGAAGUGGAGCGGGAGAUCUCCUUUCGGACAGAGUGUGGACUGUACUAUUCCUACUACAAGCAAAUGUUGCAGGCCCCGUCCAUACAGGAAGGGCUCUCCGAUUUGAUCCAUGACAACUUGACAGAAUCCAAGAGGACCAUUAAUCUCCUACAGCGAAUGAAUAUCUACCAAGAGGUCUUUCUCAGUGUUCUCUACAGAUUGCUGCCCAUACAGGUGUAUCUGGAGCCAGUGUAUUUCUACAUAUACACAGUGUUCUCGCUCCAAGCGGUGUAUGUGAUCGCUCUGUACCUCACAGCAUGGCUCCUGUCGGGUUCCUGGCUGGCCGGUACGCUCGCCGGGGUCUGGUACAUCCUCAACAGGGUGGAUACCACUCGUGUGGAGUUCACCAUCUCCCUCAGAGAGAACUGGUCUCUGCCCUUCUUAGCGCUGCAGGUCACCGCUGUCACCUGUUACCUCCGGCCUCAGCUCACCGCCUUACAGCAGAAGGUGAUGGUGUGGUUGAUGUAUGUGACGACUUUCUGUUUCUGUCUGACGUGGCAGUUCAACCAGUUCAUCCUGCUCGUUCAGGCUCUCAUCAUAUACGCCCUGGACUGUGUCGACUUCUUAACAACUACACAGGUGACCACUUUGUACCUUGUUCAAGUGAGCAGUCUGCUGAGUGUGUGGCUCCUCCAGUUCUGUAACUCCAUGAUACUGGGGUCACUGGUUCUGAGCUUCAUCGUAGCCGCACUCUUCAUCAAACACUGCCAGUCUGGUCUGAAGACAGGAAGCCUGCUGGUUCGUCUGGGCAAACUGCUUCUCCACAGCGCCCUGGUUCUCCUUCUUACUGUCACCAUCAACUACCUGGCCAAGAAAGCACUACAGCUCAGCUCAGACGAACACAUCUUUAAAUUCAUCAAGUCAAAGUUUACCUUGGGCCCUACAAGGGAUUUCGAUGCCAAUCUGUAUCUGUGUGAGGAGGCCUUUGGCCUGCUGCCCCUGGACACCCUGGAGCGCCUGGCCGGGACCCUGCUGCUGUACCCCUACAUCCUCACACUGCUGCUGCUCAGCGGCGUGUUCGCGCUGGCUGCACUGCACAACCUGAGCCGACCUAAAGGAGGAUCGGCCGAGGAGAGGAAAGGAGCCGCAGACGGGCGAGUGGUGGCUCUUCGUCCAGAUGUGGCCUACAAUCUGUUGCAUACACUGUUCUACGGCCUCCUGGCUUUCAGCACUAUGAGGAUGAAGUAUAUAUGGACCGGCCAUAUGUGUGCAGUCGCGGCCUACGGUGUGUGUGGAAAGGAGUUGUGGACUAUGCUUCUCAGCACUCUCAGCUGCAAUAGUAAAGUUCUGUUAAGGCUUGUCAGACAUGCAGUCCCACUGUUGAUGAUCGGUUGCCUGUAUUAUAAGUUCUGGCCUAAACUGAUGGAGGAGCUAUCAGAACUGAGGGAGUUUUACGAUCCAGACACUGUGGAGCUCAUGGCCUGGAUUAGCACAAAGACCCCUAAGCGGGCUGUGUUUGCAGGCAGCAUGCAGCUGCUGGCUGGCAUCAAGCUGUGCACAGGCAGAGUUCUCACCAACCACCCCCAUUAUGAAGAUAAAGACCUGCGGGAGAGGACCAAACAGGUGUAUCAGGUGUAUGCUCGCCAGUCCCCGGAGGAAGUCUAUGACAUCCUGAGGGCCGUGGGGGCGGACUACGUGGUGCUGGAAAACAGCAUCUGUUACGAGCGGAGGCACAGGCGAGGCUGCAGACUGCGGGACCUGCUCGACCUGGCCAACGGACAUAUCAUGGACGGCCCGGGAGAGAAUGACCCAGACCUCGUCCCCGCCUCGCACCCUCGCUUUUGCGAGGCCGUCAAGACGGACACGGCGGCGUACAGCGCUCUGUUCACCAGAACAUUCCACAACAAAACCUUCCAUGUGUACCGGGUCAAGAAGAAACGCAAGAAAAGCACCAAGAGCGCGUCAGAGCCCAACGCGACUCAGUAGCAGCCCCGCCCAGAUGGAGGAGAAGAAGACAUAAAAGCGCUGAAUCCUCGCUGUUUCUCUGUCUCCUUCCUGCACUGUGCCCAGCUGUGAUCAUGCCCAUUAUUUUUUUAACACGUGGCUCUGUGAACUGUGCUGUUAGAGCAGUGUGCCGGUUCAAGCUCGGGGGGGCUGCGUUGUUUCAGUCAGUGGAGGGUGAAAUCACCUAUAGGAGUACCCCCCCCUCUCCCAGCUCUCACUGGUGCAGAUGAACAGACAGAAUAAAACUAUUAGGCCUGUGAGCAGGGUCUGGAACACCACGGGCAACUACUAAUUAUUUGGUUUCAUUUUAAGAAGUCAGCGUCAUUUCUGCACAGCAGCACGAAAUGAACAAAAUACUAUUCAUUGCUACUUAUAAAUGCUUUUAGAAUUAUUGUUUUCUCUCACGCAGGGUAAACUUGGGCUUCAGUAGCAUUUAUUACAUGUGGAUCCAACAUCAAAUCAGAACCCUUAAAACAUCCUUUAUCAAAUCUAUUAUUUUACACAUUUAAAGGCAGGGCUGGUAAUGUUGAAAAGCUAGCAAGAUUUGAAAGUAUCCUCGGGGCUCGGUCUAACCCCUCCCCCCUGCCCUCGGGGCUCUGACCCACGCACAGACGUGCACAAGCAUCGAGCACAGCUGCGUCGCUGCUUCAGAGCAGAGCGCUGAAAGGACCGCAGUUUUACUUCCUGUCUCAUUCACCGGUAAGCCAACACCUGAUAUUAUCAUACCGAAUGUUUCAAACAAACAUAACUACUGUUAGCUCGUACACGGGAGGGGUAGAAUACGCGCAGCGGGGCAAGGAGGCAAGGAGGCAGUGAUUG